CGUUCACAAAGUUCAGGGUAUGACGCUUGAGAAGGCAUACAUAUUGCUGAACAAGAACUUCUUUGCCAGCGGCCAGGCGUACGUUGCUCUGUCAAGAGUCAAGUCGCUAGACAACCUUCACUUGCUCGACUACGAUCCAGGUGCAGUGCUUCUCAAACCAUUCUACAGAGACCUGCUCGAAUGGAUGAAGCGAAAGGAUGAAAUACGGGUUGAUCGGGAUGGCGACAGUUCAGUUGAGCCAGAAUACCCUAUGCGACCCCCUGAAUCUCCUAAAGACAAAAAGAAUUCCAAGAGGCCUUGGAAAAAGAUGGACAGACAUCCGCCAGUGCCACCUAAAAAACCGAAAACCUGUAAUGCAGGUCAGAAGGAGCCGGCGGACCAGUCUACUUCAAGCAGACCACCAUCUAAGACGAAGAAGUCCAAAAAAGGCAAUGAGGGUACAAGGGAGCGGCAAAUAUCUGAGAUAUUUGGCGACCACCACAACCUUCAAGCUCUUUGGAAUGCUAUAAACUUUCCUUUACAUGCAUCAGUAGACACGUAUUUACAAUACAGUGCUCAGUUUGAUGCAAUCAUUGAUAUACUGCGUGGCAUUGAUGUACUAAUGUAUAUUGAUCUCCCUUACAGACCGAUUGACUACCAGCAACAAGUACUACUCCACCCUGUGCUUCAAGGGUACUUGCGAGCAGUGAAGACAGUCGGUGAUGGAAGCUGCCUGUUUUAUUCCAUCUGGAAGCAGCUGUUCCCUCAUCGCGAAACAAUUGACAUUGCGAAGUUCAUGAGACAGAUAACGUUGUACAACGUUUACAAGAAUGAGCAACAUUUCAGACAGCUGCAACAUCAAUUCGGCUUUGAACGCACAUACCAGGAAUAUGUGAACGAAAUCAAAGGGCUGCAUGAGUAUUGUGGUGAUUUUGCACUGCUUGCCCUCGCCGAGUUGCUCAACCGGCCCAUAUAUUAUUACCAGUCUUUUCUGAUGAGAGGCACACAAAUAUAUCACUUUGACGAUGCGAGUUUCGAAGAAUUAGUUGACCAUUUCAACAUACAUUCUCACGGAACGAUGCAACAUUGGCUUUAUCCUCCGUUAAGGGAUGCCUAUGACGGGCGCACGCCGUUGACUAUCUUAUUCAGUCAUGCUCAUUUCACAGCAUUACUAAAGGCAGAGCCACAUGAGGAUCUGGUUCCCACAACCAAUAUGUUCAACAUUGAACAAGUCUUGGGAGCUGAACCCCCACGUGAAUAAAGAAGAUUUAUGCACGUGGACUCCGAAGAGAACAACAAUGAUCAUGAUUUUCAACUAUGGCUCACUCAUAAUUCUUGUUUUACCACGAUCCCGACGGCCUACUAACAAGAUUUAGAACAACUGUUCUCCUGAGCCCAACCGGUAGUCCAUCAUUUGAUGGCUACCACUAAGCCUUAUACACGUGCAUCAUUGGGUUCUAGGCCAAUAAAGUGUAUAUUCAUAUGAGCAUUGAAUUUUCUUUGCUUAUAAGCGGGAUCUAGAGCCAUUAGUUGACAGUGGUGUUCCAUUGGGACACCACAAUCUUACGAGAUAUUGAUGAUCAGUGAGACCACUUUCCUUAAAAUGCUGCUGCUAAGGGCAGCUCACAACAAAUCAUAGAACAAAUCACAUCAAAGAGGUAUGAUCAAACUCUGGGUUGUCGAAUAGAAUUCCCACCUUGUCUCUUUUUUUGGUAGAGAAACAUUGCAUGAUUGUACUCGUACGGGCUUCUAUAUUUUCAAAUACCCAUGAUUGGUUUGAUUUAUUUUGUGUUCAAAAAUUCGCAAGUAAAAUUAUUGACAAAAUCAUUUUGAUUGAGAAUAUACUCAUCUUAAAGCUCAUCUUAAAGCUUAGUUCAGUCGAAAGUAUAUUACUCCUAACUUUAAUUGUUUCACAAUGAUGUUGCCCUAGAUUGCCUUUACCUCAAAAUCAAAAUUUUCACAUCCAGUUUGAAACAUGUGAGAUUUUAAAAAGUGGGUCCACCUUCAAAAUAAUUGAAAUGCUAAACAUAUUUAUUUAUUUGCAAUUGUCUACUCCGCAACUUUGCACUUGACAAACCCCUCUCCCCUGCAAAUUAAUAAAUCUAGUGCUGCCCCCUGCCAAUUCUAUCCGACUUCCCAGAGUAUCUUUUUUCUUUUACAUAAUCUGCAAAUAAUUCAUUGUUAUAUUUGUUAUAUUAUCUAUAUCUAAUUAUUUGAUUAUUCGAGAGAAUGAUAUUACAGGCAAUCGACAGAUAGAAAGAAAAUAAUGUCAUAACUACUUUUCGAACAAGAGCAGUUAACAUGAUUAUAUAAUUGAUGAUUUUAGAGGUCUCUAUUAUAAAUUUCAUUUUCAUGGCUAAUUUUAUGAACGUUACCCCCUAAGUGAUUGAGUGACGGCUUUAGGCCCUUAAAUAUCUGUCGAUUGCCUUUUACUACCACCUUAUCUCCAGUAAAUGCACAACUUCAGCCAACGUGCUGGCUGUUUUUACAUAGCAUCCAAAUGUGAUACAACUAUAGGUAUUUAUUGUACCUGAAUCAUGUUUCUAUUGCAAGAAAUUUUUGAAAACUAUAUUCUAUAAAUUUUUCAAAUGGGCUCCAAAUGAGUUUUGCUAAAGCAACAUGCAACACACUAGGCUUUUUGUAAUGGCACAUCUUUGGCGACUCCUUAAAAAGGUAUCAACUAUAGAGGUUGCUUUGAAGACGCUGGUUUUAAUAAGCUCAUUUAAUUAUGAAACAUCUUUCUAUUUAUACACCACAGCCCCUAUGUAAAACGUGAAUAUGUCAAAUAAGAUAAUAUGCAUUGGAAUUAAUAGAUGUUGAGUAAUACCUUUAGCCUCUUUACUCAUUUAAUUAUGGGAGGAGCAUUGAUCUUGAUGUACUUUGAUUCAAAGCUCUCAUUGUAUCUUGUAGAUAUAAUUAUUCUCAGAUGACAAAUGUACAAAAGUAACGAAAUUUAAUAUGUUUUUAGUUUUAGAAAUUAUUCACAUUUAUUGAAUGGAUUGAGAUAGAAUUUCAUAUCAAACAGAAUGAUUGUAAGAUUAUUUUAAACAUACUUGAACUUAUAAAAAACUAUGAAAAUUAUCCAUGAUAUAUUGUGACUAAAGUGAUGAUGAACUCAGCUGAACACAUAAAAGAAGAGACAAUACUGGGCUGGGUCUUUGAAUAGUCAAUCCUAGAACAGAGAGUGAAAUGAAGUGUCAGCUUGCCUUAAGUAGCAAAACUGGCUGGAGAACUUGUGCUGAAAGACCUGAAGCUAUGUAUCAUGACUUUCUAUAUUUUGUUGCCGUCCUGAAAUCGAGCAACUAAUGAUAGAGCAUCCUUCAUUGGCAGUAUCGGCGAGUUACUGUCAAGUCGUUCAUAAUUAUAAACAUUGGAUGGUAUUGAUAUCAACAAGCUAUUCAUCUUUUUAUAAAACUGAAAGAACAGAGAAACUAUGAAAGAUGUGCACUCAGCUGUCACUGCGGUAAGGGCAAUCAAAGACGACGUUCUACAUAUGAUACGGCGUUGUAUGUAGAAUGAUAUGGUCAGGCCCUAUAAUUUCUCUGCAUUCUAUUUGCUUAAAUUGUGACUGUGUCAUUUUGCAGGCGAAAGGUACCAAUACGUACGUAACUGUGGAUUGCAUGCUGGAAAGAGAUAUUGCAUGAUGAAUUUUGAGAUAACCACUAACUAUGAAACUUGUCUACAGUUAUGAUUGUUUUUGCAGUUUUGCAGUACUGUUUACCCAGUGGGCGUAACAAGCUUACCACUUCUUACCACUCUCUCUAUUCAUGGCUCUGUGCGGGGGAACAAGCAGGAGAACUUCGGAAAAAUCUGGAAGAAGUGAUGACUAAAAGUAGAAAAUUUUUAUGAUAAUACAAAGUUAAUACGACUGGUUUGUUUCAAUGAUUCAUAACUUUUAUACUUUAUUUAUUAUAUACAACUGUCUUUUUCAUUGAUGAACUUUAUUUUAUCUUGAAAUCCAUUGUCAUUGUUUUAGAAGCACCGCAUCAUCGCGUUUGGAUGAUUUUUCACCUUAGUUUUCAAUUUUUUCCAAUGAUAUUUUCUUCAUACUUGCUUAACAA